GGAUGUAACAAUGCUUCCUUUGGCAUUUGAUAAGAUCCGCGAAAUAAUACGUACGGAGAAGGAAAAUAAAUACAGGAAUGCGAUUUCUGGAUAGGAGACAUCGAACCUAACCAACUGCUUUACCCGAAUUACUGUUGAUUUCGAGUCAAAAGCUCUCAUGGUUAGGCCAUCUGGCCGCAAGGGUACCUAGUACCUCGAUAUUUGCCCCGUUUCCCACGCCAAUCUCGAUUGUGUCGCAAGCUCUAAUAUAGGAGGCUCCAGAUUGCACUUUCCUUCCAGCGCAUGGGUAUUUUUUCUUCUUUUUUUUCUUCUCUCGAAUCCCACUUCUUCGCCCUCAACUCGCGCACGGGAACGACGAAACUGCAACACUAAAUCGACCCCUACCAGAAAGCACGUAGGCGGUGCAAGCCGGCAUUAAACCCCAGAGCAGCUAGACGUGCCAGAUUUAUCACCUCGUCUGUUAGUUGCGCCAACCCUCGAUCAGCCACGAACGCGCAAGGCGCCCGCUGCGACAAGGAAAGCGAACACCUGUUUCGCAAACCAGCCUCGACCCUGACUACACGUCUGCAAUAACUGACGGGCUUGGCCCUGGCCGCUCGACCUUGAGCGAUCAUCUUGGAUCGAGACGGCCGCAGCGCCCCGGGAAGUGAAAGCAUCCGUCACCAUGCAUCUGCCAUACCCAGCCCGCAAGGAUUCAAAUGCCGCGCGGUAUAAGCCGGCCAGGCCGCCAUCAGCCUCCUCUGGCUACAUACCGCCCAUACUUCGGCGGAUCAGGUUAAGAGGGGGACUGAUAAUCGCCGUCGUUACCUUUGCAUGCUUCUACCUCUUCUUCUCGAUAUCUCGCGCCAGCACAGCGAGUAGGAGCAUCAAGCGCAGUGGCGCACAGCACCCGAUAACUACGCAUGAUCCCACGGGCAACCCGCCUGCGGUGCUUGUCACGGUCAUGGAUUCUGGCCUCCACAGCAAUUCCUACCUGCAAAAUCUUAAGGAGAAUCGGUUAACGUACGCCAAGAAGCAUGGUUACGAGACGUGGUUCCCCGACGUCUUUGAGUAUGACCUCAAGGGCGCACCUACAUCAUGGUCCAAGGUGGUUGCAAUGAGGCACGCCCUUACCAAGUUCCCGGAUGCGACCUACUUCUGGUUCCUAGACCAUGAUACCAUUAUCGUCAACAUGGAGCCGACGGUGGAGCAGUCGUUAAUGGAGGCAAAGGCCAUAGGAGAUGUGAUGAUUAAGGAUCACCCGGUCGUGCCACCCGACAGCAUCAUCAAGACAUUCACGCACCUGAAGGGCGAGGACGUCGAUCUUGUUCUCACCCAGGACAAGGCAGGUCUUUCCGUGGGUAGCUUCAUUGUACGCAACGGAGAGUGGGCCAAGUUCUUCCUCGAGACAUGGUUUGAUCCCAUCUACCGAAGCUACAAUUUCCAAAAAGCUGAGGAGCAUGCUCUUGAACAUAUCGUUCAAUGGCACCCCACCAUCUUGUCAAAGCUGGCAAUCGUACCGCAAAGGUAUAUCAACUCUUACAAUACGGGAGACUCUGGGGAAUCCUACCAAGCUGGCGAUAUGGUUGUCAGGUUUCCCGCCUGCUCCAAGGUUGGGUACCCAGCAUGCGAGGCCGAGGCAGCGAAAUACGAAAAGCAGUGGCGCGGCACCAAAUCAUGACAAGGCGCCUAAGAGUGCUGAGGACGGCAAUUGUGCGGACAUUCAGUACAUUUCAUCCCCGUCCUUGGAUACUGCAGCCCAAUUUAUUAUCUUUUAACUCCUUAUAGCUUUUUCAUACUUUAUCAUCCAUCUAGUUUUCUAUCAGCCCGUCAUUUUUUACGUCUCAUUAAUUUACCUCACCUUUCUCGGGGAGUACUGAACGCCAACACAACAAAUACAUCGCCACGUCUAUGAUGCUGUUUUGUGUACCAUGCAACGACGGGAGCUUCACUGGCCAAAUGGGGUUAUAACGGGGCUUUGCCGGGAUUUCCUGCACCUAAAUUCUAUUUCAUCUGCGUGUUUUUAACGGGGUUUGGGGAAUUUUUACCACGAUUUAUCCUGAUGAGUGGGAAAUAGAACGCGACACGACAAUGUCACGGUGUAGAACUAAAUAUUUAUUUACAUUUAACAGAGUUGUCGCUGCACUUUAGGAGCUCAAGUUGAGACGACGUCCAUGCGACAAUUUCGGCUGGUUGUUAACUACCUAAUUUGCAC